AUGGAAACCAUUAUAUGUCCGUAUUUACCACCAGUUUUGAAUUCGAGUCGACCUGAUGCCAAAGUACGUCAUACUGGUGGACUUUUGUUAUCUCCUAUAUUACCAUACCUUAUAACAUGGCCACUGGCUCUUCUACCUCCUGAUUUCGAUGCCAAUUCAGUGAUUCUACCACGUGAAGUCAGAAUCCUAGCUGUUCGUAAAGUCCUUCGCUUGAUUGCUGCUAUCGUUAUUUCUUUGCCAAUCGCUAACCAAUCAAAAGUUAAAAGUAAUGAACAAGGCGUAUCAAAAUAUGCCAAUGACCUAUUAAACGAGCUUGAAUCAAAUGCUGAAGAUGCCGUCAAUUUAACAACUGUUGCUGAUGCUUAUUUCGCUCAACUAGAAAAACUAAUUCUGCAGUUGCAUCAGUGUUAUGAUCGUGCAAGCAUGUGUACAACUACGUCAUGGUGGUGGGUUCGAGCAUUGUGUGAACAUCUACCUCGACUUACGCAGAUAGCUCCAUUUUCUAAUCCUGUCAACCUAUUACGUCACCUGAUAGAAGAAGCUAGAAUGAAGUUCAAUUUAACAACUGAAGCUAUAAGCUCUACUGGGUAUCAGUCAAAGCCACCAAACUUGUGGAAAAAAGCACUUGAUUACGGUCGUCAAGAGGCUAGACAUAGACUGAAACAAAAAAAAAGUACUGAGGUACUGGGUUAUAGGUGGCCAAAAGUUGGAGAGAUACUAAGAGCUAAAGAAAGCAUUGAGCAACAGUACAUAAAAGAAAGCAAAAUGAGGUCUAAAACCCAAUCAGAAGCCCCCUCACCCAGCAGCUCGGAUGCUGUUUCCUCGCCUCAAAGUGAAGAUCAGCACCGUUUCUUUGUAGCAAGUGAUGAUGAAGAUGAUCUAGCGUGCACUCAACAAGAAGAAAUAGUAGAUUCUUCUGAUGAAGAAAAUUGUAAUGCUAAUCAAUUCCAUAAACUGCAGAGGCUUCAAAGCUUGUUUUAUAUCACUUUGAAGGCUGAACCAAUUGAAACACCUCCAGCCUUGAAAGAUGUCGCUGAGUUGGUUGAGCGUGUACUGCUUCACUGUCAACCAGUUGCUGUAUCAACUAUACGACAAAUUCUGUCAGAUUCCGAUUCAGUCUUUACACCGUCAUUGGAAAAGUCAAUGAGCAACCUAAUGAAAUCAACUGAAAUGCGUUAA